AUGUCUGUACAAUCCCCCCGCCCAGUCAUCCUCAGCCCCCGCUCCCACCCUCCCUCGCACGCCAAUCCUGCCGACAGACCCGACAUUCAAGACCAAGAGAACGAACGGCAGAGGGAGGAAGCAGAGGUACGAGCCAAGAGCCGGGGGAGAGAUGCGAGAUUGACUUUGCCUGCGAAACAGAACCAAGCUGGCGCCUCUGGCUCCGGUGAUAAGGAGAAGAGGGGCGAGAAGGAUGGAAAGUGGAUACAGGGCAUCGACUAUGCGUACGAAUAUGUCCCGGUCAUUCAAAAACGGCAAGGUCGUAAGAAUAUGUGA